CGCCGCGGGCUGAGGGCCGCGGGGUUGCGGCUCCGCUGAAAACCGUUGGGGCGAAGCAGGGGGGUGGCGGCUGAGGCGCCGCUCACACUCAUGAGGAGCCGGAAGCUCACAGUUGGAGUGCGAUCUUCAGCCCGCCUGAAAGCCCGAAGUUGUCCCACAGCCAGGUUGGCCUCUGCUCAGGAAGUCACUAGCUCCACGUCUGCCAAGACAGCAUGUCUGACUUCUUCAUCACACAAAGCCACGGACAGAAGAACUUCCAAGAAGUUCAAGUAUGACAAAGGCCAUCUUGUGAAGUCAGAGUUACAGAAACUAGUCCCUAAAAGUGAUUGUGCUUCUUUGCCAGAAGAAACUCCUGAGACCCCUUGUAAAAAUGAGUUUGCUGGAGACGGUGCCUUGCUUCUGGGCAGUAAAGCUGGUGUUGCCACACGACAAGAGACUGCUGCUCUUCCCCUGGGUCACUGCAGAGCUGUGAGUGAUCCUUGCUCAGGAAAGACUGAAGGUGGCCUGUCCACACCAAAACACAGUGCCAGUUCUGGAGCAGAAGAGUCUAAUAGCAGUGCCACCGUGCAGGAUGAGUCUGUGCUAGAGUCAGAGGAAGUCCAGACGCCCCCACUUCAGAUAGACAACAGCGUCUUUCUAGACGACGACAGCAAUCAACCAAUGCCUGUGAGCCGAUUCUUUGGGAACGUUGAACUCAUGCAGGACCUGCCACCAGCAUCCUCAUCUUGUCCUUCAAUGAGCAGACGAGAAUUCCGAAAAAUGCAUUUCAGAGCCAAAGAUGAUGACGAUGAUGAUGAUGAUGCAGAAAUGUAGAACAUAUACAAAAUGAUUUCUUUGCCUAUUUAAUACAGUGAACAAUCUGACAAGUUAGCACAUUACAAGAUUUAUAUAAAGUGUAUCUCCAAGAGAAUGUGUUGUUAAUCACACUUCAGAACUGACCCAUAAAUGUCAAUGGUGCGAAACACCGAACACCUGUGGAAGGUUUACUGUUGUACCUGGGACAGUCUUUGAGAUCAUAAAGCUGCUGUUUCUGUGCUGA